UCAGUGUGUCCAGCCCAGAGAUGCUGAGCAGGGUCAGCUUUAACUUCUGACUCCCUCUCCGCAGAGGCCUCCCGAUUCUCUUCUCCUCCACCAACAGGGACAGGGUGGGUGGCAUGGCCUGGGAAGGCCUGCGCCUGCUCAUGCACCCUGUGGCCCUGGUGCUGCUGGUCCCAGGCUCCUGGGGACUGACGGUCACACCUGAGGAGCUCCGUGAAGUGGUGGGAGGGACCCUGGUGGUGCAGUGCCGCUCCUCGCCCCAGGAAGGGCCCUACGUGCAGAAGACCUGGUGUCGGCAGAGGUCUCCUGGCAGGUGCACCAGGCUGGUCACCACCUCCCAGCCUCUGACAGCAGUUGAGAAGGCUCAGCACACAAUCUGGGACCACCCCGAGGCUGGCUUCUUCAUCGUCACCAUGACUCAGUUGAGGGAGGAAGACUGGGGCGUCUACUUGUGUGGAAGCUUCAACUCGUCCCAGAACCUGAUCGACACCUUCAGGAACAUCACCCUGGUGGUGUCCCCAGCUCUGAUCACUUCUCCGGAGGGAACCCCCAGCCCUUCCGUCAACGGCUCUGAGCAGGGGUAAGUCCGGGGUCUCCCUG